AUGACCGAUAGAGGCACAGAGUCAGACGGGCUACCCUCUACGUCCGAUAUUCUGAAUAAUAUGUCCAAUCGACUCGCAUCGCCGCCAGGUUCUCGUACCCCGCCCUCCGGGCUUAUCAAGAAUACAUCGUCAUUUCCAGAGACGAGUGGCAAUCACUCCCAUCUCAGCAAUCUUUCAGAAGCCGUGGACCCUGCCGCUCUCGCAAGUGCCCUCAAAGACUAUGAUGAAGCCGGUCGCCGACGCGAACGUACCCCAGGCGCCAGCCCAAGCCGAAAGAGACAGAGGGUUUAUGGAGAUAGGUUUAUUCCCAACCGCGAGGGCCAGGAUCUUCAAGCUACCUAUAGCUUGUUAGGGGAGGACGGUUGUCCAUCUACGCCAUCGCGGACAAAGAAGCGGACUCCUCAUGGGGAACUCCAUUUUCAACGAACUGAAGAAGCCAAUCGAACAUACUCCCGCGUCCUGCGAAGUGAACUCUUUGGCGACUCUGUGCCACAGCCCGAUCCGGACGCAGAUGCUUACCUCAAUUUUAGCACAAAAGCCCAUGAUCCGACUCGUUCUCGCACUCCUCCACCUGCAUCUCUGACACCCUCUACUCCCCACAAAAAUAUUCUCAACUAUUCCUCCCCUCGAGCUGGGUCCAGUCACCCCACUCCUUCAAAAACUCCUAGAAGCCAACACGGACCGAAUCUGAAUCCGCGAUCGGAGCUCUACAGCCUCUCACCCAUCCAUUACAACAGCCAAAGAAUUUUGGGAACCCCGCGAAAACAACCUCGUGUGGUGCACAAGGUACCAUUCAAGGUUCUGGACGCACCAGAUCUGCAAGAUGACUUUUAUCUGAACCUUGUGGAUUGGGGAAGCACAAAUAUUCUAGGUGUCGGCUUGUCUAAUUCCGUCUAUAUGUGGCACUCCCAGUCAGGCCAAGUCACGAGACUCUGUGAACUCAAGGACGACACUGUCACUAGCGUAAGCUGGAUCCAACGCGGAACACACAUCGCUAUUGGUACUGGGAAAGGGCUUGUGCAAAUUUGGGAUGCUGAGAGCUGUCGACGCCUUCGAACUAUGAUCGGCCAUCACAACCGAGUUGGUGCGCUGGCAUGGAACGAACAUAUCCUGACAUCUGGGGGACGCGAUCGGCUGAUAUUUCAUCGAGAUGUGCGUUCCCCUGAUCAGUACCUCCGUCGUCUGGCAGGACACAAACAAGAAGUAUGCGGCCUGAAAUGGAAUACAGAGGAUGGCCAACUCGCGUCUGGCGGAAACGAUAACAAGCUUAUUGUCUGGGAUAAGUUGAAUGAGACACCGCUACAUCGGUUUUCGCAGCACACUGCGGCUGUCAAAGCAAUUGCCUGGUCACCACAUCAACACAACCUCUUGGCUUCCGGUGGUGGUACAGCGGAUCGUACAAUCAAAUUCUGGAACACUGCCACUGGCCAAUUGAUUCGCGAAUUGGACACUGGAAGCCAGGUGUGCAACCUGGGGUGGUCGAAAAAUUCUGACGAGCUUAUCAGCACACACGGUUAUAGUCAGAACCAGAUAGUAAUCUGGAAAUAUCCGCGCAUGGAGCAGAUCGUGUCGUUGACUGGUCAUACAUUUCGUGUGCUAUAUUUGGCUAUCAGUCCGGAUGGCCAGACUAUUGUCACAGGUGCUGGUGACGAAACCUUACGAUUCUGGAAGAUAUUUGACGUUCAGAAUCGCAACGACUGGCGACGAGGCAGUCGACUUGCCGAACUGAGUACAAUACGAUAA